AUGCUGGGCAAAUCGGUUCUCACGGCUGGGCUGGCCGCCACUGCCGCCCAGGCUUUCGUCGUUAUCCCCAUCGCCGACGCCGAUCGCGCCAUCUCCGACCUCCUCCCCUUCGAUGCCCCGCCAGGCCGAGGAACAGUCCCCGAGCUCGAUGACGUCCAGGAGCCCGUCCGCACCAAGGUCCAGCAGCUGGGCUACAAGUUCCACGUCUACCCCAUCGCCAAGGAGGAAGAGGGUCAGCAUCUCGAGUUAAUCGGCGUCGAUCUGAGCAUUAUCGAGGUGGGCGGCUCCUUUGUCAAGGGUAUUCCCGAGGUCAAGGUCCAGCUCGUCAAGAACGGCGACCGCCUUGCCAUCGCCGAGGUCGUAACCGAGAGCCCUCGACUCCCCGACUUUGGCGCCCACUGCACUACUCUCUUCUGCAAAUGGAAGGCCUUCUUCACCGAAAGGAUGGCCAUGCUCGGACGUCCCGGCGCCUCCUGCCACGACGACGACGCCUCCCCGCCCGACUCUCACGAUCCUCCUUUCCGCCCUCCCCACGGACGCCCACACGGUCGCCCUCAUGGUGGUCCUCCCCUCCACCUCCCCGCCCCCUCACGCCCUCUCGGUAUGCCUCACGGUAUUCCUCCUCACCACCCCGCCAUGUCCCCCGGCGGCUUCCAUGAAGGCCAGUUCCCCCACCCAGGACCCUUCCACCACGGCCCUCCCGGCCACCGCCAUCACGGCCUCAGCCACGUUUUCUUCAUGUUCCUUACCCACAUCCUACUUCCCAUUCUUACUGGUAUCAUCGCCGGCAUCACUGCCAGUCUUAUCGGAAUGGCCCUCGUUUCCCUUGUCGUUCGUGUCUUCAACGCCGAUCCCGCCGAAGCCAUCAUGUCUGAGGAGAAGGCCGGCCUUAUCCAAGAAGAGGAUGACGACGUUGAGCCUCCUCCGUCUUACUCCGAUGAUGCUACUCCCGCCUCUAAGUAG